AGGAGACAGCCGCUUUUGGACACGUUUUGGAGACAGAAGCUGCCAGACUGCAAAGGCUACACACGGAAGAAUAAUAUAAACAAAACUUACUUUGCAGAAUCUCUUCCGUCCAUUCAUUUAAAAAAAAUCGUGUUAUUAAUAUUAUUUCGCGGGAGUUUUAAGCGUCUCCCAAUCUGCUGGACAAGUUUGGCGGCUGAAGGACGCACCUCGGGACUUUGACGCAGACGUCUCCCUGACUUCUGGCUGCUGGACAUGGGCUCAUCUGAGGCCAAACAGCGGUAAACGGAGUGCUCGGUGCUGCUUACCUCUUUUCCUCCUAUCUCUUGCAGAGUGGACCCACUUUUGAAAGAGCGUGUUUUUUCUAUCUGGGCCUAAGGCUAACUUGUUUAAAGGUCCUUUUUUUUGCUUCCGGCAACAGCGAAGAGACCAAGUCUUCCUCCCUCAGCCCUCACUCCCUCUCUCACUUUUUUGGAAGCUGAACGUUUAAAGGAAAAUGGGGCAUUGAGAGGGUUGGCAGAUCUCCCCGCGCUAUAAUGGCUACUGACACCUACCUGGUGAACGACGAUCCUCCUAGAGGCCCAGGGAUGCCUGAAUGUUUCCUCGUGUCUGAUACUUAUAGGGAUGAAUUCCACCCCUUCAUCGAGGCCCUGCUGCCCCAUGUCCGCGCCUUCGCCUACACCUGGUUCAACCUGCAGGCCCGCAAGCGCAAAUACUUCAAGAAGCACGAGAAGCGCAUGUCCAAGGAGGAAGAGCGUGCAGUGAAGGAUGAGCUGCUGGGGGAGAAGCCAGAGAUCAAGCAGAAGUGGGCCUCGCGCCUGCUGGCCAAGCUCCGCAAGGACAUCCGGCCCGAGUUCCGUGAGGACUUUGUGCUCACCAUCACGGGGAAAAAGCCCCCCUGCUGCGUGCUGUCCAACCCUGACCAGAAGGGCAAGAUCCGUCGCAUCGACUGCCUGCGCCAGGCCGACAAGGUGUGGCGGCUGGACCUGGUGAUGGUCAUCCUGUUCAAGGGCAGCCCCCUAGAGAGCACGGACGGGGAACGGCUGGUCAAGUCACCACAGUGCACCAACCCUGGCCUGUGCGUCCAGCCGCACCACAUCGGUGUGUCCGUCAAGGAGCUGGACCUCUACCUGGCCUACUUCGUCCACACGCCAGAAUCCGGACAAUCAGACAGCUCCAGCCAACAAGGGGACACAGACAUCAAACCACCGCCCAAUGGGCACCUGAGUUUCCAGGACUGCUUUGUCACCUCAGGAGUGUGGAACGUGGCGGAGCUGGUCAGAGUGUCGCAGACUCCUGUAGCCACGGCGUCAGGUCCUAACUUCUCACUGGCUGACCUGGACAGUAGUCCCAGCUACUACAACAUCAACCAGGUGGCCCUGGGGCGACGCUCCCUCACCUCCCCUCCUUCCACCAGGUCUGAGGUGGAGUUGUACGCAAAUCUUCCACGGAGCUCCACCAAGAGGAAGUCGUUAGACGACAGUGAGCUGGAGAGCCCCACAGAUGAUGUUUUCUAUCCUGGACGCUCACCUGCUGCCAGCUCCUCACAGUCCAGUGCGUGGCCCAACGACAUGGAUGCAGUGCAGCACCAUUUGGCGAGUGUGCAGGAGAGGAAGAUAAAACAUGAAAACGAUGGCGUGCAGUUUCCUUACCAUGGGAGUCCCCGUGCCUCAGCCUCAGCCCUGCAUUUCCCCUCCUCCUCUAUCAUCCAGCAGUCCAGCCCGUAUUUCACUCACCCCACCAUACGCUACCAUCACCACCAGGACCCGCUUAAGGAGUUUGUGCAGUUUGUGUGCACCGACGGCACAGGACAGCCGAGCGCGCAGCCUAAUGGAGGUGGCCAGAGCAAAAUGCCGGGCUCCUUCCUGCUGCCCCCGCCACCCCCGGUGGCACGCCCUGUGCCCCUCCCCAUGCCCGACUCUAAAAGCAUCAGCACGCCCACUGACGGCGGACUCAGCUCACCCGCAUCUCCGUCAUACUCCACGCCAGGCUCCACAGCUCCCAACCGGUUUGUCGGCAUCGGAACACGGGACAACUUUCUGAAUAUCCCCCAGCAGACUCAGUCCUGGUUCCUCUGACAAGGCCUCUAUGAAUCAACAACUAAAAUUGUGUCAUGAAAAUUGGAAAUUUGACAAACAAACACAUCAUCGUUGAUUAAGAACAGACUGCUGACACUAAAAGUUUCUCUAUCGCCAACACUAUUCAAAGUACUACUACAGAACCCGAAAAGACCCCGCCCGACCCUGCCCCGAUUCAACACAAUUUGAACAGGAGUGUUCAUUGCCCUAAUGCAGGAGCCUUCAAUGAGAUUGAGGGGACAGACUCAGAAUGCAGAGAAAGAUGAGGAACUGUCUCACACACACACACACCAUGAAAUGUCAGAAAGGAAACACAAUAUGGCGACCUGACACAUGACCAAUUAUACAUUUGUUGUUUCUUUUUUUAUUAUUAUAAUUAUUUUUUCAUUUUGUUGUCUCCACCAUGAAACUCCAUGCAUUGGCUGGGAGAUCCAAAAAAAAUGUAGUAGUAAAUGGUGAAAUCAGAUGUGCAAGUUGAAAAGAUUGCAACCCAAAUUGCACGCCUCCAUAUCAGUGUAUUUCUCAAAGCACCUUUCCUCCAGGUGCCACCCGCCUCCCACCACACCACCACCGCCGCCCCCCCACCUGGAGCUCAGUGCUGCCCAGGGUCCAGACCAGAACCACAGCCACAUGCCUGUGUGUUGCCACACUCUGCCGCUUCAUUCGCUCAGCCCUGAGCCUCUUUCAUUUCUGAUUGGCCAAUCAUGGUGACACCAUCCGAUGGUGUGACAUAUAUGCACUAAGUGGCUGGUCUUUGUUUACCUGUCGAAGCAUCAGGGCGCCCUGCUGUGGGAGAAGUGAUAGCCAUGAGGCGAGUGCGAGCGAGUGAACACACGACAGACAGUCAUAACACUAACUCUACAUGUGCUCUUUCGUCCCCUCACCUAUGCACUAUUAAUUUUUAAUAAGGGAUGAACAGUAUUGCACAUCGAUGGUCAGAUGAGCGAUUAGAGAAGUGAGUCGAGGCUGGCUGCCACUACAGAGAUGUGGCUGUGCUAACAAUCAAGUCUAAACCCUGACACACAGUGCACACACACAAACACACACACACGCACGCAUGCUUGCAUACAGUACAUGCAGACCAUCCUCUCCAGAAUAGUCUGUCACACAACCACUCAUAAUAUCAUUUUGUUAUUAUUCAUAGACAUGGGAUUUAAUUUACAGUAAUGCACACACAGCAUUAGCUUCAUAUUAUUAGCUUUCAUUUUGUUUGUAGGUGUUUUCUUGUGAUUUCUCUCUUCUUUUUUUUUUUUUUGUUACAAGAUUUGGUUUUGGUUCUGUCUCACUUGGAUUGUUUUAACCUUCUCUUGCAUGUCAUAACAUUUUUUUCUUUAGUAUGCAGUAAUACGUUUAGCAUCACACUCGGAUUUCAGCGAAACAGUAACAGCAGUUUCUCAAAUCUCUCACGUAUGGACAGCACAGUAACAACAGCUCAUCACACACAUCCCUUGCAUUGCUUUACCCUGUAUCCCUUAGUCCCGUCACAGGAAAACCCAGAGGAAUACACACACACACACACACACACACACACACAUACAAAUGCACACACAGACACACACACACACACACACUUAUAAAUAGCACACUAACACCACCAACAACCUGACAUAUAAUAAUAAAGGGAAGCCUUUAUAUUUGGUUCUCCAAACUGCCUUUGUUAAUGGUUUUUCAUUCACUUAAGAUUUGUCUUUUUAAUUUGAGAUAUUUUUUUUCUAUGUAAAUGUUCACGUUUAAAUUGCUAUUUGGUAUUAUUUUCAUCAUGACACAAUCCAACAAAAGCCGACCUCACAAAAUAACUGGACUGCCUAGCUGUUGGUUCUAUUUUGCAGGGAUAGUAAACCGGGCUGAGACCCCGUUCUCAGCCUCUCUAGUAACAUUAGCUCUACGUACUAAAACCUUAUAUCAAGACUAUAACAAUAUAUCAAAGUGCCUCUGUAUUCCCUUCAUGCAAUUAGUAAUAAACUUGACUUCAGGUUCUCUUCCCACAUAUAAGCUAAAGCUACAGGGAAUGGUAGCAUUGGUACAUGUGGAAACCAUUGGCCUAGGACAGAUCUUUAUAGAGGACUGCAAACUUCUUUUUUUUUUGUAAAGACAGAGAGAGAGAGAUCUUAUACAUAUAUAUUUAUGAUAUAUGCUCCUUUUUAACUUUUACUACAUGAGCUGGUUGGCAGUCUAGUUAUUUUCUGAACUCUCACCUCCCCCCCCACCCACCCACAACCUGUUUCAGUAACAUCACCUUACUGUUACCAGUACGAAUCAAACGACACACGUCAUCGCCAUCUGCAGCGCAGCAUUCUAAUACCUAGAUGAACAUGUCAAAAAUCGACAGUAGGUUUGAAGAAAAAAAAGUGUUUGUUUUUUGAUGGAAAGUAUUAUUAUUGAAAAAUAUGUGUCGAUUGAGCCACGUGCAAUGCAUUGGGUAGAUCAUUGUGUUUGUCUGUUAGAGAUUUUUAAGAAAGCUAAGAGAAAAGAGAAAAAAAAAUGUAUUUGUUUGAAGUCCAUAAGCUCCGGGACUCUAAACUAGAGGGCCAUGAAAAAUCCUAGUCUUUGUAAGUCGGGGAUAUUUGUUUUUAUUUCCUUUGUCUCUUUUUUAAUGUUUUAUGUGUAAUCAUUUGUUUAUAAAAAUGUGGGAGGGCUGAAGGAAAAAAAAUUCUACACAACUUCAAAAAAAAUCUCUAUUAUCAGAUGAAACCUGGUGCUUUAACACUAUAAAGUACAUUCAGAACUAUUAUAAAUGAAUGGUAAAUGAACAAAAGUAACAGACCAUUUAGGAAACAGCAUUAUUCCUCUCUAUUUGUAUUCUUCUUCUAUUUGUAUUGAGUGGGGGGAGAGGUUCCUAUUCCUUAAGGUUGUGACACAAAAGGCAUUUUGGUUCAACCUUUAGAAAAA